ACUACACUGCAAGUUCAAGAGAUGGAAACAACAAAGACGACUGGAGAAGUUGAGGUAAAACUGUGCAGUUUACGCUCACACUGAAUGAAAUACAUUUGCAGUGAAUCAAAACACUUGAACAGGAACAGGAUAAUGAAACAGGAGACGGAGGAUUUUACUCUACAUGUUACUCAGCAUCUCAGCUGUAAAGGAGAUGGAAGAUAUGCCAUUACCCACUCACAACUUAAUGAUUAGGGUUUGGAAAGAUCAAAUAACAAUUAUUUUAAGUAAUGUAGUUGGAAUUUCUACUGUCUUGUGACUGUGUAAAUCUAAUUGUGCUGGUUUUUGGUGAAACUUAAUUUUUUUUUUUUAAAUUAAAUCAUAAAAAGCUAAAUACUCUUAAGAAAAAUUAUACAUGCUUUUUUGGGGGGGAAAAGUACCUUUCUUGGAAUAGUAGCCUUGCAGUUACUGCAGGAAAAUGAAGUGGUGGUUUUGGAAGGACUGAGAGAAGUUGAAGCUGAAAUAUCAACUGAAGUGAAACUGCUGAAAAGGGUUCAGUUAAGCUUCAGUUGAACUUAAAGCACUGAAAGGAGUUGAAACUUCAGUGGAAGUCCUAAACGAACUUUGUGCCUGUUCAACGGAAGGAAGAUGCCAAUUCAAAGGUAAGUUGUGUUUGAACAGUGAAAACUAUGGGACUAAAAAUGGAUAAAAAUGUAAAAAUACUGCGUGAAACCAAGGUUGAAUAUAAGCUAAGAAAAAGCUAACUUAACUUUCACUGAUUGACAAAAAUAUAGGAGACUUGCCACUGGGAACCACUGAAGCAUGUUGGCACAGUUCACAGGUGAUUGCUUUAAAAGUGGCUCAUAGAGCUAAUAUAAAUUGGUGGCAGCUGUUCAAAACUAUGAAUCAGAGUCUGUGAAAUACGUACGUCAUGCAUUUUAAACUCAAAAUAACACUCAGGCAGAUGAAAAUGUACUUUGUGUUAAUUUCACACAUUCUUCUAAACUUCCUUAAAACUUUAAUGAGAAACCAAGGUCUGUGUCUGAGCCAAAUUUAGAUCUACAUUGUCACGCCAGUGUAGUCACCUGCCCAGCUGAACAAAUGACAAAGAUCUCAUUCCAAAGUCGAGUUUAUUUUUCUGAAGAAAAUAUGCACCAAAGAGUUUGAUUCAUCAAGAUGCUAUCCAAUGUGUUGCCCAACUUGACUUGUUUUUUUCUCUGCACAACCACCUUAAACCCGAUCUAAAUGACCUUUGAGCUUUAUCAGCUCAAGCAAGACACCAGGAAGUUAGUGCCCAUGGAGCAUACAACAGUGGGCUUUCAAACACAAAUAUGCUGGAGUUUCCCUUGGGUGUGGAAUACUGGAAGGAGAAAGUAGGAGGAGGAGUGACAGAGGAAUGGAAGUGAAAACAGCGAUGAGACACUGAAUGCUUGGAGUGAGCACUGAUAAGGACUCUUACUCUACUAAAAACAUGUUGACCCAGACAUCAGCCAUGACCCGUACCCCCUACAAUGGAGAAGAUGGCAACUGCACCAAUGUGGACCAACUGAUGAAACUCUAUUACCUUCCAGUGUCUUAUACCAUUAUCUUCAUUGUGGGCCUGGUGGGCAAUAUAACCUCCAUUGGCAUUUACGUGACAAAGCUGCGUCCAUGGAAGAGCAGCAGCAUCAUCAUGUUCAAUCUGGCGCUGACUGACCUCCUUUAUGUCCUCAGCCUGCCCUUCCUGGUCUACUACUACAGCAACAGGGAAUUGUGGACACUUGGUGACUUCAUGUGCCGCUUAGUGCGCAUUGGGUUUCAUUUUAACCUCUAUGGGAGCAUCCUUUUCUUGACGUGUCUUGCAGUGUUCCGCUACGUAGUAGUAACCAAACCCCUGCUGGCAGCACAGGUACAACACAAGUUUUGGGGUAUAACUGCUUGCUCAGCCGUCUGGAUCGUCACCGCUGCUGAAAUCACACCCAUGUUGCCCAUGAUAUCCUCAGACAAGCACAACGAGACCUGCUUGGAUUUUGCUAGCGUCAUAGCCACUGGUAAUAUGUGGUGGUAUGAUUGUAUGCUCACUGCACUCGGAUUUUUGCUCCCUCUCGUUGUGGUAUUCAUAUGUUACAUUGGUAUGGUGAAACAGCUGGCAAAGGGGCCGUACAAAUCCAGCCCGUGUCGGAUGCGGGCACGGCGCAUGACUGUGCUGAUCCUGUUGGUGUUUGUGUUGUGCUUCCUGCCAUAUCACAUUUUGCGUGUGUUACGGAUAGAAACUCUAAGGCUGCAGGAGACGCCAUGCAUUGUGAAGCACAUCGUCCAUGCAGCAUACAUCGUCUCCAGGCCUCUGGCUGGGCUCAACACAUUCUUUAACCUGGCUCUGUACACUCUUUCAGGCGAUAAGUUCAGGAGGGCCUUUCUCAGCACUUUCUCCUGGGAAUACUGGCUAACCAAGACCAGGUCACUGCUCCACCUGGCCAUUAUUGACAAAGCAGGCAGCAACAUGCCUCCUGCAUGACUGAUGAGUGUCCAACACUUGGCUUUUCUUUCUUUGAUCACCCUUGGGCUCAUACUGUGGACACAUUGUAAACACACUUGUUCCAACAUCACGUCGGUAAAGCUACCGGACAGCUGUGGUUUCUUCUUCUGGGCCUCCCAGAAGCAAUGAGUGGUUUUGGUUUGUCUUGUAGAAAUUGUGUGCCAACGCCUGAAAUGUAAAUGUAAUUGACUGGAGGUCAGCGGUGUCAGAAGUUGGUGUUAAGUUAGACCUUUUGACACUUUUUCCUCUAUCUGGCUGGAAAUCCUUUGAGAAUAAUUUACCUGACACUUAAAAUGUUGUGGAUCCUUUUUCUGGCAGUCAUAAAAAUCGUCUUAGUUAUCGAAGGUUUGUGAUUUCCUGAGAAAUUUCAACACACACUGUGUGUUAAACUGUGUAGCUUAAAUCUAAAGCGGUUUCACUGAUUGAAGCUGCUUUCACAAAGUAUGUUUGUGCACUUAAACAGAAAUAAUUUUAAUGUCUGAUCUUCUGCUAUGCUAAGGUAUUUUUGGUGACCUCUUUACUGUGUGAUGCUACCAUGAGAUUCACAUUUGUGGCUUAACUUGGAAGGAAAUUUUAGUUCGAUAGAUUAAACUUGCAGAAAACUGUCGCUCUGUAUUUUAUUUUUAAUGCAGGUGUUAAUGGUAAGGAAAAAAAGUUUGGUGUUUGAACGACCUGUGAUAGUUUACUGAUGAUUUUUCAACCUGCUUCUUGAGUGAGGUUGCAUUUUCUGAAUUUAUAAUCUUAAUCUUAGUCAUUUAACACCUUUUUUUUGCAUUCCCAUCAUCAUGGGUAGCUGCAUUUGUCUCCCCUGCAAUGUGAUAAAAUUAUUUUACAACCCAACAACACCUCCUGCCGCUACUGACCUGUGAAAGAGGUUGUAACUAAGCACUCGGCUGAGUUCUCUGUGCACAUGCGUUCACCUUCCCCAUGAGCUAACAAGGCAGGCAGCACAUUCCUCACUUCUGAAAGCCAGAGAGAGCUGGCGACAAAAGAACCAAAGGGUUGGAAUGUGAGCU